UGAACGAUACCAAGAGGAAGCAGAAAGUCCUGGGCCCCAACCAGAAGCUGAAGUUUAACCCAACGGAAUUGAUCAUUUACUGCAAGGACUUUCGGAUUGUCCGUUUUCGUUUUGACGAAGCCGGACCGGAAAGUGCUAAAAAGGUGUGUCUUGCAAUAGCACACUACUCACAACCGGCAGACCUCCAGCUCCUCUUUGCCUUUGAAUAUGUGGGCAAGAAAUAUCACAAUCCAGUGUGGUGUUGGAACCAUUCCAACGGGAACGCUCUGGUGAGGAUGGCCCACAUCAAGGACAGCCUGCAGCAACGAAAAAUAGACCAACGGAUUUGCAACGCCGUCACCAGAAGCCAUCCUCAGAGGAGCGACGUUUACAAAUCUGACUUGGAGAAAUGCCUGCCGAAUAUUCAAGAAAUCCAGACGGCCUUUCUCAAACUGAAGCAGUUGUGUGUGAAUG